AUGGAUCCUUUGUACGUAUCUGCCACAUUUCCAGAUAUUAAUGUCUCCUUUUUGACAAAUGCAACAGACAAUGCAACAGUUAUGGAUUUUUCUGCCUCCUCCAGCAUCCGCUCUGUCUUCAUACCAAUAAUUUACCUUCUGGUUUGUGUUAUUGGACUGAGUGGGAACACUUUGGUCAUCUAUGUGGUUUUGCGUUAUGCCAAAAUGAAGACCGUGACCAACAUUUACAUUCUGAACUUAGCCAUUGCUGAUGUCCUCUUCAUGUUGGGCUUGCCAUUCCUAGCCACCCAAAAUGCUAUCUCCUAUUGGCCCUUUGGAACAUUCGCCUGUAGGCUAGUGACUGCUUUUGAUGGUAUUAACCAAUUCACCAGCAUCUUCUGCCUGACUGUCAUGAGCCUGGACCGCUAUCUUGCAGUUGUCCAUCCUAUUAAAUCUACCAAGUGGCGCCAGCCAAGAAUAGCCAAAUUGAUCAGCUUGGCCGUCUGGACUUUAUCCUUUUUGGUGGUCCUUCCCAUGAUUAUAUUUGCUGAUGUCCAGGAAGAUUUUCAUACUUGUAACAUGAGCUGGCCUGAUCCAAUUGAGAUAUGGUCAGCUGUGUUCAUUAUCUAUACAUCGGUGCUGGGCUUCUUUGCUCCAUUGCUGGUGAUAUGCCUCUGCUAUUUAUUAAUUGUCAUCAAAGUGAAAUCCUCUGGGAUCCGCGUUGGCUCUACGAGACGCCGGCGGUCAGAGCGGAAAGUGACCAGAAUGGUGGUAAUCAUAGUUGUGGUCUUUGUUUUCUGCUGGCUUCCCUUCUACAUUGUGAAUAUUGUCAAUCUGAUAUUCAUCUUGCCAGAGGAACCCAUCUUGGUGGGCAUUUUCUCCUUUGUGGUGGUUCUCUCUUAUGCCAACAGCUGUGCCAAUCCCAUCCUUUAUGGAUUUCUUUCGGAAAACUUCAAGCAGAGUUUUCAGAAGGUCCUGUGCCUCCACAAAGGCAAUAGUAUUGAAGAUGGAGACCCCACCGAACUCCGGCAGGAGAAGAGUACCCAUCUGAAGGACACGAUGCUGCCUCAGAGGAAUGACGACUCCAAUGGGCACAUGCUGACGAGCAAGGUGUAG